CGCUUUCGACGUUGGUUAUAACGCGACGAACCGACCUCGGCGGCAGCCAAGUGGACUUUUUGGCGCGGCUUUGUCGCCGGCUACGCUCGAUAAUUUAAUCGUUUUGGAGUUGUAUCUGCUUUUUUGCCUCGAAACGCCAAGUCCUCGAAGGAGCAAUAAUGGGCGACAAAGAUGGUGAAACUUUUGACGAUGCAGUCGAAGAGCGGGUUAUUAACGAAGAGUAUAAAAUUUGGAAGAAAAAUACUCCGUUCCUGUAUGAUCUGGUUAUGACUCAUGCAUUGGAAUGGCCAUCGUUAACUGCACAGUGGUUGCCCGAUGUAACUCGACCGGAGGGAAAAGAUUAUACCGUUCACCGUCUUAUUCUUGGAACUCACACUUCGGACGAACAAAAUCACCUUCUAAUAGCUAGCGUUCAGUUACCAAACGAAGAUGCCCAGUUUGACGCUUCUCAUUAUGACAAUGAGAAAGGUGAAUUUGGAGGAUUCGGAUCGGUUAGUGGAAAGAUUGAAAUUGAAAUUAAAAUUAAUCACGAAGGUGAAGUGAAUAGAGCUAGAUAUAUGCCUCAGAAUCCUUGCGUUAUCGCUACAAAAACACCUUCUAGCGAUGUAUUAGUUUUCGAUUACACUAAGCAUCCCAGCAAACCAGAUCCCAAUGGCGAAUGCCAUCCAGAUUUAAGGUUACGAGGACAUCAGAAAGAAGGCUAUGGUCUUUCAUGGAACCCAAAUCUCAAUGGCUACUUGCUUAGCGCGUCCGACGAUCAUACAAUUUGUCUUUGGGACAUAAAUGCUACACCCAAAGAAAACAGAGUAAUCGACGCUAAAACAAUUUUUACUGGCCACACAGCCGUAGUUGAAGAUGUCGCGUGGCACUUGCUUCACGAGUCUUUGUUUGGUUCCGUUGCCGAUGAUCAAAAACUCAUGAUCUGGGAUACUAGAUGCAAUAACACGAGUAAACCCAGUCACACCGUCGAUGCCCAUACAGCGGAAGUAAACUGCCUCAGCUUUAAUCCGUAUUCCGAAUUCAUUUUGGCGACCGGUAGUGCGGAUAAAACCGUUGCUUUGUGGGACUUGAGAAAUUUGAAAUUAAAAUUACAUUCGUUUGAGUCGCACAAGGAUGAGAUUUUCCAAGUUCAAUGGUCACCGCACAACGAAACUAUUCUGGCUAGCAGUGGUACAGACAGACGCUUGCAUGUCUGGGAUCUUAGUAAAAUUGGCGAAGAGCAGUCUAGCGAGGAUGCCGAGGAUGGCCCACCAGAACUAUUAUUCAUUCACGGUGGUCACACGGCUAAGAUAAGCGACUUCUCCUGGAAUCCGAAUGAACCUUGGGUAAUCUGUUCUGUAUCCGAAGAUAAUAUUAUGCAAGUAUGGCAAAUGGCUGAAAACAUUUAUAACGACGAAGAACCCGAUACACCUGCUAGUGAGCUCGAAGCUGGUGCUUCGUAAACGACCAUUAGCUUUAUAAUGUAUUCAAUUUUUAAUUAUCAAAUAUUAGUUAUUGUGUUACAUUCAGUAGAGAUUUCAAUAUUCACUAAUGAAGAUCAAGCAUGCAGGUACAUUGAUUUGAUUAUUUAAUAAGCAUGUAGUGUAAAAAUUUUCUUAUCAUUGCUAAGACUGUUAUGUA